AUGUCUCUAUUUGGCACCAAAAUGACAUAGGUAAAAAAUAAAUUGUAUAUCAAAUUAGACUUUCAUUCAGUCCUCUCAAAAUCAAGAAGUAACAUUCAGAAUAAAACAUAAGAAUACUAACUUAGAAUAAAACACAAAACUUGAUUAAUUUUCUAAAUUGGUAACUAAAGAGAUAAAUAUUUCAGAAUUCAUUGAACUAUGA